AUGUUUAUUGGUUUAUGUGGAACUAUCUGUGCUGGCAAGCAUACUGUCGCGAAGUUCCUUGUCGAGACAUACGGGUUUCAAAUACUGCGACUAGCCGCUCCCACGCCUACUCCGAUAGCUAAGGAAGAUGGUAGCUCUGCCACUGAUACCGUAGUUACGAACUUCCCAGGCAAUGGAAACCUCACGUUUCCAACGGUCGAGGAGUUGCUCGACUAUGUGACGGAAAGAUGGCAGGAAAAGUUCGUUACGACGGAUGUACUAAAUGAAGACAUGCUGGAUAUCCUAUUGAAAAGGCCAUUCUUUAUCCUUGUCAGUGUGGAUGCGCCUAUUGUGGUGCGCUGGAAACGUUAUAUUGAAAAAUGCAAAACAUAUAACCCACCUCUACCCACCCCGACCCUCGAAACAUUUGUCGAAAAGGCAGAUAAGCACAUGUUCGACCCCCAAACCGGUCUAAUCCCUCUAUUCGUUCGCGCUACCUUACACCUUCUAAACUCAUUCACAUCCAUCGACACCUUCUACGAAAACCUGAGAUCAAUAGAUUUGGUCGACGAAACACGGUUACGACCUACUUGGGAUGCAUAUUUUAUGCAAUUGGCGAAUCUGGCAGCUCAAAGGAGUAAUUGUAUGAAACGACGGGUUGGAUGUGUUUUGGUUAGGGAGAAGAGGGUUAUUAGUACCGGGUAUAAUGGUACACCCAGGGGACUAACGAAUUGCAAUGAUGGGGGGUGUUCCAGAUGUAAUAGUGCGUCUGCGGGGGGUUCGGGUUUGUCGACAUGCCUAUGUCUACACGCCGAGGAGAAUGCAUUGCUAGAGGCAGGGAGAGAAAGAAUUGGGAAGGGAUCAAUAUUAUAUUGUGAUACUUGCCCGUGUUUAACGUGCAGUGUCAAAAUCGCACAGGUCGGAAUAUCAGAGGUAGUUUAUAGCCAAGCUUAUAGUAUGGAUAAUAAGACGGCAGACGUUUUAUCGGAAGGUGGCGUGAAGCUCAGGCAAUUUUCGCCACCUCGGGAGGGCAUUGUGCUACACGGUCAGGGCAGUGAUAUAUAA